UGAGCUGAAAAAAGAAAAAAUGUUGAAGGAAACAUACAGCAGAUUUUUCAGGUGAAAACAAAAACUGAAGUUUCGGUUCUUUUUCAUUGAAAGAAUAAGAAGGGUUUCUAACUUAGUCUUCUUCACUUACCCCAAAGGCACUCUGUGCCACACGACCUUGAGGUAAGCAAAGAAGAGAAAAAUGAGUAUGAAGAGCAAGGGCGGAGCUGUGGAAGUGAAUGCAAGGGGUGUCCUUCAUAGAAAAUGGGCUCUUUUUCUUUGUGUGGGAAGCUUCUGUGCUGGAAUGUUCUUCUCCAAUAGGAUGUGGUUGACGCCAGAAUUUAAAGAAAUAUCAAGAACUUCUAGUGAGUUUGAUCAGCUAAAAUUAAACUCUGAGGAUUGUAAUGUAAAUCUAGUUGUAAAGCCUAACUCCAAUUACAGUCAAGUCGAAGUUUCAAAUACACAACAUGUCAUCAGGAAACACACAAACAGUUGAAUCAACUUCAAGGAAAAAAUGUUUCAUGGUUAUAGGAAUCAAUACAGCUUUUAGUAGCAGAAAGCGAAGAGAUUCUGUUCGUGCAACUUGGAUGCCACAAGUUGAGGAAAGAAAGAAGUUGGAGGAUGAAAAGGGCAUAGUCAUACGUUUUGUUAUAGGUCACAGUUCUACAUCAGGUGGCAUUCUUGAUAGAGCUAUAGAAGCAGAGGAGAAGCUUCAUGGCGACUUUUUGAGGCUGAACCAUGUUGAGGGCUACCUUGAACUAUCAGCAAAGACAAAGACCUAUUUUUCAACUGCUGUUGCUCUGUGGGAUGCAGAUUUUUAUGUCAAAGUUGAUGAUGAUGUCCAUGUGAAUUUAGCAACACUUGGAUUGACUCUGAGUAUGCACCGUAUGAAACCUCGAGUGUAUAUUGGGUGCAUGAAAUCUGGCCCUGUGCUUGCUCAGAAGGGAGUGAAAUAUCAUGAACCUGAAUACUGGAAGUUUGGUGAGGUAGGAAACAAGUACUUCCGUCAUGCUACCGGACAACUAUAUGCCAUUUCACAAGAUUUGGCUACUUAUAUAUCAACUAAUCAGGACGUGCUGCAUAAAUACGCAAAUGAAGAUGUUUCUUUGGGAUCUUGGUUCAUUGGUUUAGACGUGGAGCAUAUCGAUGACAGGAGAAUGUGCUGCGGCACACCCCCGGAUUGUGAGUGGAAAGCACAGGCAGGCAACAUGUGUAUAGCUACUUUCGAUUGGAGAUGCAGUGGGAUUUGCAGGUCUGUGGAGAGAAUAAAGGUGGUUCACCAGCGCUGCGGCGAGGAUGAAAAUGCACUGUGGACUGCAACAUUUUGAUAUGAAACCUUAAGGGGAAGAAGAUAUGAAUGAAGCAUGCAGAUACUUAUACAUAAUAUGUGUGCUAGUAGUAGAAGGUUCAAUAGUCAACACUUGCAGCUUAGUAUUUUGGAGAAGAGAAUAGAAGAGAAUGAAAGAGUAUAGUUGUAUGACCAACCAACCCAACCCACAUUCUUUUAGUAAUGGCCGGAGGACUUUAUAUAUAUAUUUCUUGUUCUCUGCCAUCUCUAACUCUAAAUAAUAAUUGCUUCUCACCAAUAAAUCACUAUAGUCUA